AGCGGGUUUUGUAGUCCAGCUGAGUUGUGCACGGCCAAGCCUUUGACAGGGAAGCAGCCUCUGUGAAUACGUACUUGAAUUACAGAAAAUGAUGGCUUCUAUGCUACUAAAGUCAGUGCGUCGCUCACCUGUCAGCCCGAAAUGGGCUGUGCAGUUUGCUGCACGAUCCCUCGGUACGACGGCUGAGCUGCAGGCUCAAGCUCAGACAAAAAGCAAGAAGACACUGGCCCGCCCUGGUGUGAAGAACAUAGUGCUGGUUGAAGGAGUACGAACCCCUUUCCUGGUGUCUGGAACUACGUACGCUGACCUCAUGCCUCAUGACUUGGCCAGAGCAGCGCUACAGGGUCUGCUGCACAAGACGGGUAUUUCCAAAGAUGCUGUGGACUACAUCAUUUAUGGAACGGUCAUUCAGGAAGUCAAGACAAGCAAUGUGGCAAGAGAGGCCGCACUCGGAGCAGGCUUCUCUGACAAGAUCCCAGCUCACACGGUCACCAUGGCUUGCAUCUCCUCCAACCAGGCAAUGACCUCGGCUGUUGGUCUAAUUGCUGCCGGCCAGUGUGAUGUCGUUGUGGCAGGCGGAGUCGAGUUCAUGUCCGACGUUCCUAUCCGUCACAGCCGCAAAAUGAGGAAGACCAUGCUGUCACUCAACAAGGCUAAGACCCUCGGCCAGAGGCUCAGUUUGAUUGGCAGCAUCCGCAUGGCACACUUCUCACCAGAGCUUCCUGCUGUCGCAGAGUUCUCCACAGCUGAAACGAUGGGCCACAGCGCUGACCGUCUGGCUGCUGCAUUUGGAGUCUCCAGAGUGGAGCAGGAUGAGUUUGCUCUGCGGUCACACUCUCUUGCUAAAAAGGCGGAGGAAGCGGGUCUGCUGCAGGAUGUCAUCUCCUUUAAAGUGCCAGGCCGGGACAUUGUGUCCAAGGAUAAUGGCAUUCGUCCGUCCUCUAUGGAGCAGAUGGCCAAACUGAAACCUGCCUUCGUUAAGCCUCACGGCACAGUCACCGCCGCCAACUCCUCCUUCUUGACUGACGGUGCCUCUGCUGUGCUCAUCAUGUCUGAAGAGAAAGCUCUGGCGAUGGGCUACAAGCCUAAAGCCUACCUGAGAGACUUUGUUUAUGUGUCUCAGGAUCCUAAAGAUCAGCUGCUGCUGGGGCCAACAUACGGUACACCCAAGGUUCUGGAACGUGCUGGCUUGACCAUGAAUGACAUUGAUGUUUUUGAGUUCCAUGAGGCGUUUGCAGGUCAGAUCAUGGCAAAUCUGAAAGCGAUGGACUCUGACUGGUUCGCCCAGACAUACAUGGGCAGAAAAUCAAAGGUGGGUACUCCUCCUAUGGAGAAGUUCAACAACUGGGGAGGCUCUCUGUCUUUGGGUCAUCCGUUCGGCGCCACUGGCUGCAGACUGGUCACCACAGUUGCACACAGACUCCAGAAAGAAGGAGGACAGUACGGAUUGCUGGCGGCGUGCGCUGCAGGAGGACAGGGCCACGCCAUGGUGAUUGAAGCCUACCCACAGUAAAGCAUGGAAAUGAUCGCCACUUAUUAGCUUCAUCACAAGAACACACACUAACAGCCAGACGACUGAGUGUAUAUAUUUGCACCACGAUGCCUUGACAGAAAGGAGUCGGUCUACGUGUGUGUGUGUGUGUGCGUGUGUGAGCCCAAGCGAGAACAACAUUGUGUAAAUGGCUGGUAAUUUAUAGCGGUGAAAUGCUUGUUGCCUUCUUUGGAUUUACGCACUUGCACGAGCAUCAUGUCCACUCUUUGAGUCCAAUGUAUCAUAGCAAAGUUAAGUCCUGAAGAUGAGCUAACAUUAUGCUAAUGUCUGUACAUGUUAGAAUAUUUUUUCUUACAAACUGUUGGAAUUAAAUGUGAUGAUACA